UGGUGGCAAGACAGCUUGAGAAAAGCAUGUAUCUGUAAAUAAAGCUUCAUAGAUAAAAAUUUUCAGAGGGCAGAGAGACGCAAUGGCGAUGGGAUUUUCAAGAGUCCUUCUCCUUUUUUAUUCCGUUCUCCUAUUCCUUGCUACUCUCACCCUUGGGGCCGAUCCAUUCUUCCAGGCUCGUUGCGUAAACACAGCAGGUAACUACACCGCAAACAGCACUUACCAGAACAACCUCGACAAUAUCUUCUCUCAAGUCACCUCUCUAACAGAAUUCAAUUAUGGGUUCCAUAAUCUGUCUUCUGGUCAAAACCCCAACAAAGUCAAUGCGAUUGCACUUUGCAGGGGGGAUACUAACCUAGAUAAUUGCAACAGUUGCCUUAACGAGACCGUGUCUGAGCUCAGGCAGCGAUGUCCCCUAUACAAGGAGGUGGUUGGAUGGUCUGAAUUUUGUAUGUUGCGCUAUGCGAACCGAGAUAUCCUUGGAGAAAUGGAAGUCUCUCCUAGCGCUUGUCUACUCAACACACAGGACGUAACGAAUGCUGAUCAGUUCAAUCAGGCAUUGGAAAACCUGUUGAAUAAUUUGAGCAGUCAAGCCGCAGCCGAGGGUCCUCUCCGCAAGUAUGCAGCAGAUAACUUAACGGCGGGCGUUUUUCAAACAGUAUAUACUAUGGUACAGUGCACUCCCGAUUUGUCCGAGCAAGAAUGCGGCGAGUGUCUAACUGUGGUCAAGAACGGGAUUGGAAAUUGCUGCUUGGGGAAGAGGGGAUGCAGGGUUCUUAGACCAAGCUGUUUCUUGAGAUUUGAGUCUAGCCCAUUUUUUGAGACUCCAGUUCCUCUACCGUCACCUCCGCCAUCCCCAACUACUCCUCCACCUCCCGCUACAGGAGGAAAGGGCAAUAACACAACCCGGACUAUCAUCAUUGUUGUUGCUUCAGUUGUUGGAGUUGUGAUACUAAUAACCAUCUCCAUCUGCAUCUUUCUGAGAGCCAGAAAGAACUGGGAAAAAGUUGAAACUGUUGAUGAGAUUAUUAGGGUUGAGUCCUUGCAAUUUGACUUUGCCACUAUCCGGGUUGCGACUGAUAACUUUUCGGACGCAAAUAAGCUUGGCCAAGGUGGAUUUGGAGCUGUUUACAAGGGUUUGCUUCCAGAUGGACAAGAGGUUGCUGUGAAAAGACUAUCUACAGAUUCUGGACAAGGAGAGGUAGAAUUUAAGAACGAGGUCCUGCUGGUGGCCAAGCUUCAACACCGAAAUUUAGUUAGGCUCCUUGGUUUCUGCUUAGAAGGACGUGAAAGACUUCUAAUCUAUGAGUUUGUGCCAAACGCAAGCCUUGAUCAUUUCAUUUUUGAUCAAGUCAAACGCAUACAGUUAGAUUGGGAAAGGCGCUACAAAAUCAUAGGAGGCAUUGCUCGUGGGCUCCUUUAUCUUCAUGAAGAUUCUCGAUUGAGGAUAAUCCACCGUGAUCUUAAAGCUAGCAAUAUUUUAUUAGAUGCAGAGAUGAUUCCUAAAAUUGCAGAUUUUGGGAUGGCAAGGUUGUUUGUGCGUGAUGAAACACAAGGCAAUACCAGCAGAAUCGUGGGGACGUAUGGAUAUAUGGCACCUGAAUAUGCUAUGCACGGGCAAUUUUCAGUUAAGUCGGAUGUAUUUAGUUUUGGUGUGAUAAUUUUAGAAAUUAUAAGUGGUCAGAAAAAUAAUUGCUUUCGUAAAGGGGAGACUGUGGAGGACCUACUAAGCUAUGCUUGGAAAAAUUGGAGGGAAGGGACAGCAUUGAAUCUCAUUGAUCCAACUUUGAGGGAUGGUUCGAGAAAUGAAAUGCUGAGAUGUAUCCACAUUGGAUUAUUAUGUGUUCAAGAAAACGUAGCUAACAGGCCAACCAUGGCUACAGUUGUUCUAAUGCUUAAUAGCUUCUCAAUCUCCCUCCCACUACCCUCCCAACCAGCAUUUUUUAUACACAGCAACAUUGAUUCUGACAUGUCAUCUUCGCGGGGUUAUAAUUCUCGGAUGUCAGAAUCCGAGCAAUCCAAAAGUGAAUCAAUCCCUCUAUCCAUGAACGAGGCUUCAAUUACUGAACUAUAUCCUCGAUAGUUGCUCCAGAAUUGUCUUAAAUUCUACAGCUUUUCCAGUUGACGAUGUCACUUGCUGAACCAACUUGGACCUGUCUCAAGUGGUAGGAUUAGGUGAGAGUUUAAAUAGAGAUUUUAAGUCUAUAUAAAGGUUUCAGACUUGUCUUAAAUUUUAUGGCUUUUCUGUUGAAUAUGCCGCUCAGUUCACUUUCAUUGAUAACCCAAUAUUUUCCUUCCAAUUAGAAUACGCCUUCUCUUUUUGAUC